AUGACGCUCUUCUUCCUCGCCUGUCUGCUGGCUGUCCUCCCAGUGGUCUCCAUGAAGAGUCCCAUCUUCGGUCCCCAGGAGGUGACCAAAGUGGAAGGCAGCUCAGUGUCCAUCAAAUGCUUCUACCCAGCCACCUCUGUCAACCGGCAUUCCAGGAAGUACUGGUGCAAGCAGGGAGCCAGGGGCCGUUGCACUACCCUCAUCUCGGACACCUACUUCUCCAAGGACUAUGCGGGCAGAGCCAACAUCACCGAUUUCCCAGAGAGUAACAUGUUUGUGGUAGACAUUGGCCAUCUCACCCAGAAUGACUCUGGGCGCUACAAGUGUGGUUUAGGCAUUAUUAACCAAGGCCUGUUCUUUGAUGUGAACCUGGAGGUCAUCCCAGGUCCUGGGCUCCAUAAUGGUAUUGAAUUCUAUAUAGCAGACCUGGGCAGCACAGUGACCAUCACCUGCCCUUUCACAUCUGAGAAUUCUGUACAGAGGAAGUCUGUGUGCAAGAAUAUAGGUGGGCAGUGUGUCCUAGUCAUCGACACCAAUGGGUAUGUGAACCCCGAGUACAUCAACAGAGCUUCCAUCAUUAUUCAGGACACCAGCCAACUGUGGUUCAGCUUCAUCAUCAAAGGACUCAAGCUCAGCGAUGCCGGGAAGUAUGUCUGCCAGGCUGGGGAUGGUUCUAGAAGUGACAAAAGGAAUGUUGACCUCAAAGUGCUGAAGCCUGAGCCUGAGCUACUUUAUGGAGACCUGAGGGGCUCAGUGACCUUUGACUGUGCCGUGGACCGUGAGAAGAAAGAUCUGCCCAAAUUUCUGUGCCGGGUGAGCCAAGAUAAAGCCUGUGAAGUGGUCAUCAACACCCUGGGGAAGAGGGCUCAGGCCUUUGAGGGAAGGAUCCUGAUUAUUCUCAAGGACCAGGGCUUCUUCAGUGUGCAUAUUACUGGCCUGAGGAAAGAGGAUGCAGGGAGCUACUUGUGUGGAGCCGACUCUGAUGGGGAGCCUCAGGAAGGCUUUCCCAUGCAGGCUUGGCAACUCUUCGUCAAUGAAGAGACGACGAUGCCACGUAGUGUCUCUGUGAUGAAAGGUGUGGUAGGAGGCUCUGUGGCCAUGCUCUGCCCCUACCACCCUAAGGAUAAGAAUAGCUGGAAGUACUGGUGUCGCUGGAAUGAGCAAAACAGUGGCUGCCCACAGCUGGUGAACAGUGAGGGGCUGGUUAGGGAGCAGAGCAAACCCUACGAGGGCAGGCUCGCCCUGUACGAAGAGCCAGGCAAUGGCACCUACACGGUCAUACUCAACCAGCUCACCACCAAGGAUGCUGGCUUCUACUGGUGUCUGACCUCUGGUGAUACUCGCUGGUGGUUCACAGUGGAGCUCAAGAUUGUGGAAGGAGAGCCAAACCUCAAGGCACCUGAGAAAGCCAUUGCUUGGCUGGGAGAGACCCUCAAGGUGCCCUGCCACUCGCCAUGCAAGUUCUUCUCCUACGAGAAAUACUGGUGCAAGUGGAGCAACAAAAGUUGCAAGGUCCUGCCCAGCCAAGACGAGGCCUCCAGGCAGGCCUCUGUGAACUGCGACCAGAACAACCAGAUCACCUCCCUGAUCCUGAACCCAGCCACCAAGGCGGAUGAGGGCUGGUACUGGUGUGGGGUGAAGGAUGGGCCCCGAUUCGGAGACACCGUGGCUGUCUACGUGGAGGUGAAGGAGAAGGCAAAGGCAUCCCAAGAUGUCAGCCAAGUGAACGCGGCAGCUCCUGGCAAGGAGGUGAUAGAGCCACCUGUCAAGGUGAUAGAGCCACGUAUCAAGGAGAUCGAGAACAAAGUCGCUCGAGAUCCCAGCCUUUUUGCAGAGGACAAACUAGUGAAGGAUAAUGGAGACCCAGAGGAUAGGAGCAAAGCAUCUGGAGACGCUGGCAGCUCUGCGGGACAAGGAGGAAGCUCCACAGUGCUGGUCUCCACGCUGGUGCCCCUGGCCCUGGUGCUAGCACUGGGGGCCAUGGCGGUGGCGGUGGUUAGAGCCCGGCAUAGGAGGAACGUUGAUCGCGUUUCAAUUGGAAGCUACAGGACAGACUUCAGCAUGACAGACUUGGAGAACUCCAGGGAUUUUGGAGCCAAUGACAACAUGGGAGCCUCUACGAUCACUCAGGAGACAUCUCUCGGAGGAGAAGAUGAGUUCGGGGCCACCACCGAGGACACUGUGGAGACUGAAGAGCCCAAGAAGGCCAAGAGGUCCUCCAAGGAGGAAGCUGACAUGGCCCACACUACCUUCCUGCUCCAGGCCAACAACAUGUCGACCAACGUCCAAGAUGGCCCCAGCGAAGCCUAGGCCAAGCGCCCUGCCUCCUCCUUCCAACCUUGACAAUCACCUUCAGAAUCAUGUUGAUCCUUAGGGCCCUCAGCUCUGGGGGGCUCGCUGCCUGCAUGCAACCCCACCUAGGCUUUCCCUACCUAGUCCCUCUUCAGUGGCAUCCAUUCCUGGCUUCAUUGAUCCUGUUGGGGGUGAGGUGAUGUGAGGAGUCCCUGCCUGAGGGAACUUCUUUCUAAUGAGACAACUAAGGUGUGGAAGGAGAACAGAAUUUUUAGAAAGGCCUCCUCAAAAAAAAAAAAA